UGUGUAUUCCAUGACUGAAGGUAGGUGGGAAUCUGAGGGUGGUGCUGGUUCUUACUGUGGGCUCGGUAUGAUAUCCAGACUCCAGCCCCGUCCGCCUUGGUUUUCGCACUAAUCGUUUGUACCCCACGGGCCGGCGGGCAGAGGAUACUCUGCACGCGCCCGCCGUGGAGCUGAUGCAGGGCCCGCGAGUGCGCCGUCGGCCGUCGUCCACCUCCCUCAAGAAGGACGACAGACGCGUGGUGCGGCAGGGCGAUGGCUCCUUCCGGUCCAGGGAGGCCCUGGCCGCCCGCAACGCCCGCAGUAGGAAGGCCGCAGGCCUGCCCCCGAGGGAGGAGGCCUCGCCUGACCUCACCGCGCCCGUCAACGAGCUGCCGCCGGAGCCCAAGCCGAAGAAGAGGAAGUCCGGCCAGCGGAGGCGGAAGGCGAGGAAAGGCGUGAGGAAGACGACGGCCAGACCAACGCCCAGCCCGGCGACGGACGACUUCGUGGGCCAGCCCCUAUUCCCCGAAGUUCCCGCGGAAGUCUGGGGUCGCGGCGCUGGCGCGACGGCGCCGCUUGAGGCGCCAGCCUUCCCCAAGGUGCUGCUGCCCAGCCCGCCCUCCCUGGUGACUGAGCCGCCGCUGCCCCCGAACACCGAGGCCCCUCAGACCGCGGCCAAGUACCCGGACUUCCCUUCAACGACCGGGAACCCCAAGCGGGACGAAGCGAAGGCGGCGUCCCUGCGUCCGGAGGUGCGCGUCACACGUCAAGAGGACGAGGCCGAGGCCUCCAUGGAGGCGCUGCAGACGGCGACGGACGAGGUCCGCAUCGCCCGCCAGGGCGGUCGCCGCCUCAACGUGGACGUGCAGAGGCCGUCGGUGGACUUCCAGCAGGUGGACGUCAACCCGGACGGCUCGUACAGGUUCGCGUACAACACCAACGACGAGGGCCAGCACUUCAGAAUCGAGCAGGCCAACAGCGACAACCUGGUGGCCGGACGGUGAGUCGAGGAGGAUAUCCUUCCUAUCUCUCCCAUCGGAUGAGCCCCCCUCCCCUCUUUCGUUUCCCCG